AUGCUGUCCGCCCAAACCAUGCAUCCCGCCUCGCGGCCCUGCCGCCCAUCGCGGCCAUCGUUAUCAAUCAAAUCAUCCUCUUCGGGUGCCAUCACCGCCUUUCGCUCCCGCGGUGGAUCUUUCUUUGGCGGCGCCAGGGCGCUGUGCGCAUGCUCGAGGAUGCGAGCCACCCGCCGGGGCCGAUUGGUGGUAGCGGUUCGCUGCAGCAAGGUGGCGAUCCUGGGCGCGUCGGGCGGCAUCGGCCAGCCGCUGGCGCUGCUGCUCAAGAUGAACAAGAACGUGACGGACCUGGCGCUGUACGACAUCGCCAACACAGCGGGCGUGGCGGCGGACCUGAGCCACUGCAACACGGGCGUUAAGGUCACCGGCUACACGGGCGAGGAGGAGAUCGGGGGCGCGCUGGCGGGCGCGCAGCUGGUGGUGAUCCCCGCCGGUGUGCCGCGUAAGCCGGGCAUGACGCGGGACGACCUGUUCAGCAUCAACGCCGGCAUCGUCAAGUCGUUGGUGGAGGCGUGCUCGAAGCACUGCCCUGGGGCUGUCCUCAACAUCAUUUCCAACCCUGUCAAUUCGACUGUGGCAAUAGCUGCUGAGGUUUUAAAGAAGGCUGGGGUCUACGACCCCAAGAAGCUGCUGGGAGUUACUGCCCUGGAUGUGGUGCGGGCCAACACCUUUGUCGCCGAGGCCAAAGGGCUGGAUGUGAAGGACGUUGAUGUGCCAGUGAUCGGGGGCCAUGCUGGCAUCACUAUCCUGCCUCUGCUGUCUCAGGUGUCUCCAUCUGUGAGCUUCACAAGCUCUGAAAUCGAGGGAUUGACCACCAGGAUCCAGAAUGCUGGGACAGAGGUCGUUGAGGCAAAGGCUGGUGCUGGAUCUGCAACCUUGUCCAUGGCUUAUGCUGCAGCAAGGAUGGCUGAGUCGACGCUUCUAGGGCUGAAAGGCGAAUCAAACGUCAUGGAGUGUGCGUUCGUCGAGUCGAAGGUUGCGGAAGGUCUUAGUUACUUCGCUUCCAAGGUCGUCCUCGGGCCCAACGGCGUUGCGGAUAUACCACCCCUCCCUGCGCUGAGCCCAUACGAGCAGCAGUGUCUCGAUAAGCUCAUUCCGGAGCUGGCGAAGAGCGAGGCAAAGGGCGUGGCUUUCGCAAGCGCGUGA